CUCAAUUCAUUACAAUCUAGUUUCAAAGUCAUAAGAAUUUAUCAUCCUUUGAAUUGGUUGACUCUAUCUCUCCAACCUACUCGAAUGGAUUCUAUCAGUUCCUUCACAAAAACAAACGAUCAUAUGGAUCUUAGAAGCUCAAAUACUAUAGCUUCAAGAAUCGACAGUCAUCAAACAUCUCAUCCUACUGACACACCUCUUCAUGACUACGACCGUCCCGCUCAGCUUACUUCCAAUUCUAGCCAUGAUCAUCACGGUAUCACCAGUAAACUCUCUUCAUUAACUUUGAGUGAUGAACUAGCACCGAUUCAGCAGGAUCAACCGGUGGACAGGAUAUCAAAAUAUACCCCUCUUCGUGAACAAAAAUUGAAUGCCACUUUACCUACCCGCUUUGACUCCAGCUCAGUAACUCAGUCAUCUACCUCAAAGACUGCUGCUCCAUCCUCACCCCAUCGGAUUGAUUCAGGGUCUGUGAAACCAGAUCAGAAACCUUUGGAGAUCGACGCUGGGCAUGUUCAUGCGAUGCCCGAUGACAACCGUUCACCUCAAGAUGCAAUCAACUUAGGAACACAUAUGAGAAGCGAUGAAGGUCGUGAUCAUCAUUCAUCGAUGCUACAUCAAGUCAAACAAGGUUCAAUUGGGCUGCUCCAGCGCCCUAGUAGGGGUAGAUCCGAUAAAGAGAGUGGGAACUGGCGUUCCGGGGGCUCAGUAGAACAAUCUCGCAACCUUGCAUCAACUUCGACCAAUCUGGGAAAUAGGAGGCAGAACGGAACAC